UUUCCUAGAGGACGGUGUUGUUUACUUGCAAACUGUGAACGUCACUUGGAUGGAAGUCUUGUGUGUUUGCUGAGCACUUAGUGACAGUUUAGGAAUCUUGCUGGGAACUGCUACACUCUGUUUUGAAAUAGAAAAUGACUUCGAACGGAGGAAAUGGCGCGGCAGUUGUGAAUAUGCAGCUUGACGAAGAGCAGAUCAAAGUUCUGGAAGAGAAUUUCAUGAAAGUCACCAAGCAUCCUGAUGAAACGACGCUCAUGUUGAUCGCUGCAGAGUGCGGGCUGUCUGAAGAGGACACAGCGAAGUGGUUCAGACUACGCAAUGCUGUGUGGAGAAAGUCAGAGGGACUACCUGCCGAAGAGGGAUCAGUGAAGGACUGAGGAAAAGCCCUUUCUUUUUCCAUUUCUGUUUUUUUUUCUCUCUGAGCUCAUAGCUCUCCCUCUUUCUCUCUCUCCAAUAACUUACAGACCCUUCCCUUCCUCUGAGAAUUUACUUUUAUUUCUGAAUUACUUUUUUUGUUGUUUAUUCUUCAUUUUAAGUCAAUUUAUUUUAUGUAGCUAAGCUGUAUUCGUGUUUUAAGUGUAAAGUGAAUGUAUGUCAUGUUUAUUGUCUUGCCAAUAUGUAACUACCAUGUUU